GGGCCCCUCCCUGCGGAGCCGCUGGUCCGGCGGGCGGGGAUGUGACGGCGGGCCUUGCGGCCUGCCUCGGGCGUCGGUCGCGUCAGCUCCCGCGUCAGUGCCCUCAGCCUUCACCGAUGGCGGGAUCCGGCUGUGCGUGGGGCGCCGAGCCGCCGCGGUUUCUGGAGGCCUUCGGGCGGCUGUGGCAGGUACAGAGCCGCCUGGGCAGCGGCUCCUCGGCUUCGGUGUACCGGGUGCGCUGCUGCGACCCCGGCUCGCCCCCCGGCGCCCUCAAGCAGUUCUUGCCUCAAGGAACCACCGGGGCUGCGGCCUCGGCCGCGGAGUACGGGUUCCGCAAAGAGAGGGCGGCUCUGGAGCAGUUGCAGGGUCACAGGAACAUCGUGACUUUAUAUGGAGUCUUUACAAUCCACUUCUCUCCAAAUGUGCCAUCACGCUGUCUGUUGCUUGAACUACUGGAUGUCAGUGUUUCGGAAUUGCUUUUAUAUUCCACUCAUCAGGGUUGUUCCAUGUGGAUGAUACAGCAUUGUGCCAGAGAUGUUCUGGAGGCCCUGGCUUUUCUUCAUCAGGAAGGUUAUGUCCAUGCAGACCUCAAACCACGAAACAUUUUAUGGAGUGCAGAGAAUGAAUGUUUUAAACUUAUUGACUUUGGACUUAGUUUCAAAGAAGGCAAUCAGGAUGUAAAGUAUAUUCAGACAGACGGGUAUCGGGCUCCAGAAGCAGAACUGCAAAAUUGCUUGGCCCAAGCUGGCCUGCAGAGUGAUACAGAAUGUACCUCAGCUGUUGAUCUGUGGAGCCUAGGGAUCAUUUUACUGGAAAUGUUCUCAGGAAUGAAACUGAAACAUACAGUCAGAUCUCAGGAAUGGAAGGCAAACAGUUCUGCUAUUAUUGAUCAUAUAUUUGCCAGUAAAGCAGUGGUGAAUGCCGCGAUUCCAGCCUAUCACCUAAGAGACCUUAUCAAAAGCAUGCUUCAUGAUGAUCCAAGCAGAAGGAUUCCUGCUGAAAUGGCAUUGUGCAGCCCAUUCUUUAGCAUUCCUUUUGCCCCUCAUAUUGAAGAUCUGGUAAUGCUUCCUACUCCAGUGCUAAGACUCCUAAAUGUGCUGGACGAUGAUUAUCUUGAGAAUGAAGAGGAAUAUGAAGAUGUUGUGGAAGAUGUAAAAGAGGAGUGUCAGAAAUAUGGACCAGUGGUAUCUCUGCUUGUUCCAAAGGAAAAUCCUGGCAGAGGACAAGUCUUCGUUGAGUAUGCAAAUGCUGGUGAUUCCAAAGCUGCUCAGAAAUUACUGACUGGAAGGAUGUUUGAUGGGAAGUUUGUUGUGGCUACAUUCUACCCGCUGAGUGCCUACAAGAGGGGAUAUCUGUAUCAAACCUUGCUUUAAUCAGUAACCUAAGGACUUUUCUGUUUCUCCUCUUCCACUUUCUGGAUUAUUAUAUUCCACAUCUGAAUGCAGGAGUACCUCUUUACCAUUUUAAGGGGUUCUUUGUAAAUUUAAUUUAAUCCUACUAAUGUGCAGUCAUUGCCCAAGCAGUGACUGUAUUGCAUACAUUUGGCACUGAGUAGGACAAGGCCUCUCAGCUAUACAUUGAGAGGUUUUAGAGCAUCCAUGUGGGCAACCUUUUUUUGUGCAGUAGCAGGUGCUGCUCUUCAGUCUGUAACCUAAAAAGAUACUAUUUUAUGUGAUCAUGAAGCAAGGAUGAAUAAUGUCAUAGUGAAUAUUAACAAAUUUGUUAGGAUUGGUGACAGACAUCACUUACAGAUUAUUCCUUUAUGUUGUCAGGUGGUUCUUGUUGAUACCCAUAGCUGGCACUGGAUGCUCUCAAUAAUGUUAAGUAAUUGUCAAGCAGCAGUUACCUACCAUGUUCCUAAUACUGAGUUGUGAAUUUUUUAAAGGAGUACUGUAGUACUUAGUAUUCCUUUAAAGAAACUGCAGUGAGCCUAUCACCAUUUUUUUUAUUAUUAAGGCUUUUUAAAUAGAAAGCUGAUGCUUGAUCUUGCACAAUUUUUAUGUCUAGUAUGUAUGCUUGAGUGGGUGUGCAGGUGCGAAAGAGUAAAUCUGAGUCAGUGUACUUUAUAGUGUGAGUCUUGUGAGCUAAUACAGUCUAUACCCAUCUCUUCCCUACCUGUUUCAUAUCUGUAAGAUUUAGAAUGUAGGUUUUUUUGAGAGUUGGUCUGACUGAUAGAAUGUAAAUGACAAAACAGUUCAUCCCUGAGAGGCUCAGAACAAACUGGAAUCUAGACCAGGGUUACAUUGAAACUUUCCAAGUAAUUGGGAACAAAGAGAAAGUUUUGAUGUAUGUAAAUUUACCCAUCCUUCAGUCUACUUUUGGCCCUGGAUUGGCUCAUCUUUUUUCGUGGUGAAUCUUCUACAAUUGUAAGAUCUCUCAAGAUGUGGUCCUCCCUACUAUAUGAAAAACUAAAGUGGAUCAAAAAAAACCCAAAAAAGGAGUUAGAUGUUCAUUGAAGAAACAGGGAAAGAGAAGGUAAUAAUCAAGGAUCCUUUUUUAAUUCGAUUCUGUCUCUAAUCCACCUCCUUAGUACCCUGCGCUCCCUUCCGCACUGUUCUCUGUCCUUAACUGAAGAGAAGCCAGAGGAACAGCUUUUGACUGUAAGGAAGUAAAAAAAGGUGUAGAUAUAAUAAGGUGGUAGUAGAAAGGAAGAAAUGCUAAAUUCUUGAAAGGAUUCAUAGCAAUCCUAAUGUAUUCCUGAGUAGAUGAUGUCAGCAUGUUUGAGUUUGUGGACACAGGUUUUAAUCAACCUGAUUAAAUGGUUUUAAAAAUUAUAGUUAUGGAUUCUUCUCAAUUUAUGAUAGAUUGCCUUUAAAGGUAUAAAAAAAUUAGGAAACCUAUAUAAAGCAGUAAUUAUACAAAAAAAGACAUUGUAUACAGGUGACAAUAUUUUUUCUAUUUCCUUACCUGAAUGAAAAUUUUUAUUUAUUAAUUUUUUUCCUAAGGAAAAAGUUUUUUAUAUCAUUCCCUGCUGGAAGCCUCCUUGUGUAGUCUUCCCUGUGUGUGCCAUGCAAGUUAUUGAGAGAUCAAUUAGAAUUUGCAUUUUAGAUGGUUAAUUGUUUUACCCUGUUCAAAUAGUGUUUUAUUUAGUUAUUAUAGCAAUCAAGUUAUUCAAGACUCUCCCUUAAUAUAUAUCAUGAAGUGAAAUUUGGUAUAAGGAAGCUGAAUUAUGAAUUACCAAAGGGUCUUGUAGCAUGGUCUUCAGAACGUGCCCUUAGAAAGAACUAUUAUUUUUCAUUUUGGCCCUUUUAGGAGUUGAUUCGUUGGUUUGUUUUCAAGUCAGAAUUGGAAUAGAACCAGUACUGUGAAGACCUAAGCUUUUCUAAAACAAAUACCUACACUGAUAGCCACUUCUGUGGUAAUCAGAAACAGAUAUUUACAUAUCUAAUGAUGAACAUACAGUACAAAUUUUUUUAUCUUAAUUUUUUUGAGGUACUGGAGUUUUAACUCAGGGCCUUAUACUUGCUAGGCAGGCAUUCUACUACUUGAGUCAUGCCUUCUGCCAAAUUAAUUCUUUGUAAGGGCAAGUAUUCUAGGUUAGUACAUGUACCUCUUUCCCCCACCCCUAAAAAAAGAGAGAAAAAAAUCCUUGCAAAUAAGCUGCAAAUAGGCUUUUAAGCUUAGUCUUGCAGUAUGCUGCUAACAUGAUGCUGCACUUCACAGCAUUCUUUGAUCAUCAUCUUAUUAUGGAUGUGUUCAUACAUGUAUGUAGUGUUUAACACUGUAGAAUUAUAUUACAGAAGAUGCUAACUAGAUUUUAAGGAAGCUGUGGGAAUAAUUGAUGAGCCUAAGUAAUCAUGCAUUGAAUUGAAUAUUUUAUAUAAAAGUCACAGAAUUGAAAAAAGAUCCCUAUGAUUAUUUAAAUCACAUUUUAUAACUCUUAGCCCAUUCUACCAAAGAUGACAUUUGCAGAUCCUCCCUCCCUCCUCUGAUAAUAUCAGAAGUUUAAUUAAUCUUAAUAUCUUUCUUAAACUGGAACCAAAUAUUAUUGUAAAAAAUGCAGUUUCCAUGGUUCUUUUAGGGUGAAAUGUAUACAGAAGAAUUUUGAUUCCUUGAAGUUAUUGAAAACUUAGAAGUUUUCUUAUUGAGAGGUGAAGGUUCAUAUCACUUAAUCCCUAACCUUUGGGGCAAAUCUUAUCUCAGGUAGUUUUUCUUUCCCUAAAUGAAUACCUGUGCUUCCUUCCCUCUUCCCUCCCAGUUUCUUCCGUCUUGUUCCAUGGUAUUGCCAUGGCACAUUUUGCCCCAGAAAAUAAGCAUAUAAAGUGAUUAUUCUAUAGGAAACUUGGGUUCUUUAGAAACAUAAUUGGAGGAAAUGACUAGCUAGUACUAUCAAAACUAUAAUGCUGUGUUUAGAGAAGAACAAAUAAAGUUAGACAUGUCAUUGAGAGACAGCACUAGCUAAAAGUAUUGGCUGCAUUUUAAAAGAAUUAAAAAAAUUGUCCUUUUGCAUUAAGUGAUCUAUAUACUACUGGAUGUCUUCCUUGUUUUCUGACCAUCAAUAGAGCAGCUCUCCUUAGAGAAAUUCCUUCCAAUACCUUGAGCCAAAACUGGCUGCUUUUAGAAGAAAAACUAUAAAAACAGUUUUACUCAUCCUUUUUGUGUUAAUUGAAAGAAGUAUGGCCUUCUCUUUGAUACUCCAGCUGCUAAAGAGUGCUGAGAUGCGUUAAAGUUAACCUGCCAACAAUAGUGCUGCCAUGUAGAAGAAAUUGAAGGAAAACUAUGGAUGUAAAGCUUGUUUCUGUCUUAUUACACUGGACUUUCCCUCAUUCCCCCAAUAAGGCAUCAGUUAUGGAAUAAAUUAAAGACAGAAUCAGAACACUUACCAGAUGCUGUUUCAUGGCUCUUUUAAGUUCAUGGAUCAAAUGCAGGUGACUAACCUUUUGGCACAUUUUCUUAGGUCUUAUUUUCUGACUUAUUAGAUCAGCCUUAUCUUAUAUAAUUUCUACUAUCUGUCAUACUUAGCAUGGAAUUUUUUAUGAUUAAUGCAAAUCACCACAGGAACUGAGAGUAAUUAUAAUAACAUAGUUAACUGGAUAGUAGAAUCAGGGAGACACUCAGUAAACACAUUUUACCUAGACUCUUAUGCAAGGGUACAUGCUAGGUGACUUUAUUCAGAUUAAGGUACAGAAGGAAUCACAUCAUGAUUUUUAGUCUGGUGGAUGUAUACAUAGAUGGAUUUGAGCAAGUGCCUUGUGUUUCCUGGAAAAAAAUUAAAACUCAUUUGGGUGAAAGCUCAAAAGAUAAUUACACUUCUGCCUUUUCCUUGGAAUAACUUGGAUUGGGUCAUAUAAAAGUCCAAAAUUUCCUUGAUUUACCUUCUUUUUUUUUUUAUGUGUAAAACUAUUCAUAGAUUUGAUUCUCUUUCAAUAUUACAUAUGUUUGAAAAGCCAGUUUUCUGGCAAAUCUAAUUCUUUCUUGAAUGUUCCAUUUUUAAUGUCAGAUUACUUCCUCAAAUCUUGUUACUGUAGUUUAUUUAUUUCUUUGUCAGGUGUGUUCACAAACAGACCAGUUUAUCAGUUAGUUGAGAAAAAAUUCCCAUUUCUUCUUAAGGUACCCAGUAAAUUACCUUUAUUUUGAGAUGGUAGUCUUUCAAGUUAGUAUUACUAGUUCUCUCAGUGAAUAUACAGAUGUCUCAUCUCUAUCAUAAGGAGCUCAUCUGAGCCUCCUAUGGCAUAUUUACAUUUUGUUCUGAAUCAUAGAGGAACAUGAACAUUUUAGUUUUUUGAGUGCCCAGAAUUUUAAAGAUUUGAUUCUGUUUUAAGUUACCUGCCAUUAUGAGAUAUAUUGUGGUUUUUUUCAUUGUCCUCACCUUCCCCAAAUGUUUUUCACUGUUUUUUUUAAAUUAUAUGAUGACCUGUAGAUUUACACAGUGACACGUACUAAGGACAUUUAAGAAGGCAAACAAUUUUAAUUAUUUUUGCUGUAAUUUCAUUGGAGAAAUGGACUGUCAAAGAAAGAGUUAUAGACCAGAAAGCAUUUAAGAAAUUUUGUAAGUGGUCAUUAAGGUGAUCAAAUUUUUAUUCACUUCCCUAUAACUCAGCACUUUUAUUGUUCCUUGUACUGCUUAUGAGGAUUAUUGUUUUAGUUUGCUUUAUUUGUGUCUUUCCGGGAGUUAUCAUAAUCAUGUUAGUUACAUUUGUGGUACCAUAUAUGCUGGAAUUCAUGGGAAACUUAUCAAACAGUUUCAUGAGUAUUAUUUCUCAUUAAAUUGGGUAGCUGUCACAAUACUUAAAGAAAAUUAAUGGCUUUUUUGAAGGCCAUGUAUGUCUUAUGAAUUACAUUCAUAUUAUUUUAAUUUAAAGGCAAAGAGAAGCAUUCUUAUUUGCCUUACAUGACCAUCAGUCUUUGUUGUGCAGAAGAGAACUGAUUGUGUUAUACUACAUAUAGUGAGAAUAAGUCAUAUUCUGAAAGAAAAACUGGAAU